AACUAACUCAGUAACUACUUGAUAUAUAUACAUAUAUAACUUAUAAUUCAAUUGUAAGAUUCUAAUUAAGUAGAUGGAUGAAAAGAAGAAAGUGUUGGAUGAAUCAUCAACAAAUGAUCAAGAAAAAUGGGUGCACGAUUCUUCUCUUGAUUAUAAAGGAAGAAUUCCUCUCAGAGCUUCCACUGGUUCAUGGAAGGCUGCAUUUUUUAUUAUAGCAACCGAAUUUAGCGAAAGAUUGAGUUAUUUCGGGCUAGCAGCAAAUUUAAUAAUAUACCUAACCAGGGUUCUCCACCAAGACCUAAAAACAGCAGCCAAGAGUGUUAACUACUGGUCAGGUGUCACCACAAUGAUGCCUUUACUAGGUGGAUUUCUAGCCGACGCUUACUUUGGUCGAUUUUCGACAGUUUUAGCCUCAUCCAUUGUUUAUCUCCUGGGGUUGCUUUUAUUGACAAUGUCAAGAGUGAUCCCGGGCCUGGAGCCAUGUGGGCCCGGAACGAAGACCUGCAACGAACCACGUAGGGUCCACGAGGUAAUCUUCUUCUUCGCAAUGUACUUGAUCUCAAUAGGGACAGGUGGCCACAAGCCUGCACUCGAGAGCUUUGGAGCUGACCAAUUCGACGAUGAUCAUUCCGUAGAAAGACAAAAGAAAAUGUCGUUUUUCAAUUGGUGGUGUUUCGGGCUUUGCUGUGGCCUCCUUUUUGGGGUGACCGUAAUCGUCUACAUCCAGGACCACGUGGGGUGGGCCCCGGCAGAUAUCGUCCUUACGUUAGUAAUGUCUUUCACGGUACUCAUUUUUUGCGUCGGACGGCCGUUUUAUCGGUUUAGGAAGCCAAUGGGAAGUCCCUUAACACCAAUGGUACAAGUCAUUGUAGCAGCAUUCGUUAAGAGAAAUCUUCAAUCCCCGUCCGAUCCUGAUCUGUUGUACGAGGUUUCCGAUUCGGACAAGACGCGUAGCUCGACUAGGCUUCUUUUUCACACCAAAAAGUUCAUGUUUCUUGAUAAAGCUGCAAUUCUUGAAGAUAGAUUCAGACAAGAUCCAUGGAGACUAGCAACUGUUACAAGGGUUGAAGAAGUGAAGCUAAUUUUAAACAUGAUUCCAAUUUGGCUGACAACACUACCCUUCGGAAUCUGCGUAGCGCAAACAAACACAUUCUUUAUCAAACAAAGCACAACACUCAACCGAAAAAUCACUAACAGUUUCACAAUCCCACCAGCCUCCGUCUCCGCCUUAACCGCCAUCAGCCUUAUAGUCUCCGUUGCAAUUUACGAUAAAAUCCUCGUGCCAACGUUAAGAAGAAUCACAAGAAACGAAAGAGGCAUCAACAUCCUCGUUAGAAUCGGAAUCGGAAUGAUAUUCUCGGUUUUAACCAUGGUAGUAGCAGCUUUGGUUGAGAGAAAAAGACUAAGUAUUGUGGAGAAAGAUCCAUUGCAUAGUUCUCUUUCGAUGAGUGUGUUUUGGUUAGCACCGCAAUUUAUAAUAAUUGCAAUCGGAGAUUGCUUCACGCUCGUGGGGUUACAAGAGUAUUUUUACGAUCAAGUGCCGGAUUCUAUGAGAAGCUUAGGCAUUGCUUUAUACCUUAGCGUGAUCGGAGCUUCGAAUUUUUUGAGUAGUGUUUUGAUAAUUUUGGUCGACCGUUUAACGGAGAAGAGCGGCAGGAGUUGGUUCGGGAAGGACUUGAAUAGUAGCAGGCUCGACUAUUUUUACUGGCUGUUGGGGAGUAUUACUGCGGUGAAUAUUUUUGUGUAUGCUUUUGUUGCGAGGAAAUAUUCUUACAAGAAUGUUGUCAGAAAUACUAAUGUAGCUGUUGCUGAUUGUUAUCUAGGUAGUAAUGGCAUGAAGACUAUGGCUUAGGCUAUAUAUAAUUAAUAUUGUAUUAAUGUAUUAUUAGUCUAUUACAUGGUUUUAUUGUAUCUUUCAGCUUUGGUAGUUUUGGCCAUUAUUGCAUUGUUGAAAUUAAAUAAAUCACUACUUUGGAAUGCUAUUAUGC